UUAAAAAGUGAGCAAUCCCUUAGCAAAACCGCAUGCAUGCAAAGUCCAUGCAAAGUCCAUGCGAUUUUUCCAUGCAAUACCCAUGCAAAACACAUGCAGCAGAAUUUUAACUCAUUUAAAAAAACCAUGCAACAUCCAUUCAAAUCCAUGCAAAGUCCAUGCAACAUCCAUUCAAAUCCAUGCAAAGUCCAUGCGACAUCCAUUCAAAUCCAUGCAAAGCACGUUAAUCCACAUGCAAAGUCCAUGCAGGCUGCGAGAAAUAUUGUUAAUAAGUUCCAUGCAAUGUCCAUGCAAAAUUGCAUGCAUCUGCAUGGAUUUAUAUGAAAACCAUGCAAUCCACAUGCAAUAUUGCAUGGACUCGCAUGAUCCAUGCAACAUCCAUUCAAAUCCAUGCAAAGUCCAUGCAAAAUCCAUUCAAAUCCAUGCAAAGUCCAUGCGGCAUCCAUUCAAAUCCAUGCAAAGCACGUUAA